AUGAAGGAAGAGGAGGAAGAGGAGGACGGAGCAGAGUCUCUAAUAUCCGGCUGUCCCGCUAUGAAGAGUGACCAGUCUAAAGAUAUACCUCUAGUCCUCAGUAAUGAACCUGGACCCUCAGACACAAAGAAGAGGAAGAGGAAGGGUGUUUCUGUGAAGGAGCAGCUGCCCUGCUGUUCUUUGAGUCAGGACGUCCUCAAGGAUCCAGUCUCUACCAGCAGUGGUCACUGGUUCUGGAGACUCCUCUGGUACAUCACCUCAUACUGGGACCAUUCUGCUUCAUCAGGACACUCCUCCUGUCCCCAGUGUGCAGAAAGAUCCAGAACCAGAGCUGGACUGCAGACAGACAGUCAGACCAGCACUGUACAAACAGAAAGUGGUCUGCAGGAGGUUUUAGAUGAACAUCAGAUGAGUCUGUGCAGCAGAUGUAAAUGUGUCACUGAAGGAACUGAUGAAGCAGGGAGGGAAAUCCUCCUCAACAGCAUCUACACUCAGGUCUACAUCACAGAGGGACUCAGUGAAGAGGUUAAUACCCAACAUGAGGUGAGGCAGUUUGAAACUGCUUCCAAGAUGGAGACCCUCUAUGACGCUCCAAUCAAGUGUCACGACAUCUUUAAAGUCUUGCCUGACCAACAGAAACGCAUCAGAGUCGUUCUGAUGAACGGAGUUGCUGGUGUUGGAAAAACCUUCUCAGUGCAGAAGUUCACUCUGGACUGGGCACAGCGCUCUGAAAACCAAGAUAUCAUUCUGCUGAUUCUGCUUUCAUUCAGGGAACUGAACUUAAUCAAAGAUAAGCAGUACAGUCUGCUCAUGCUGAUCCAUGUUUUCCAUCCAACAUUACAGAAGCUCACAGCAGAGAAGCUGGCUGUCUGUAAAGUUUUAUUCAUCUUUGACGGCCUGGAUGAAAGCAGACUUUCACUGGAUUUCAACAACAGUGAUGUUGUGUCUGAUGUCACACAGAAGUCAUCAGUCAGCGUGCUGUUGACAAACCUCAUCAUGGGGAAGCUGCUUCCCUCGGCUCUCAUCUGGAUAACUUCCCGACCUGCAGCAGCCAAUCAGAUCCCUCCUUCUUGUGUGGACAGACUAACAGAAGUACGAGGCUUCACUGACGCCCAGAAGGAGGAGUACUUCAGGAGGAGAUUCAGUGAUGAAGAGCAGUCCAACACAAUCAUCUCACACAUCAAGACAUCCAGGAGCCUCCACAUCAUGUGUCACAUCCCAGUCUUCUGCUGGAUCACUAGUACAGUUCUGAACCACAUGUUGACUACAGACCAAAGAGAAGAGCUGCCCAAAACCCUGACUGACAUGUACUCACACUUCCUGCUGGUUCAAACAAAGAAGAAGAAGAACAAGUAUGAUGAGGGACAUGAGACGAGUCCACAGGAGCUGACGAAGGCUGACAGGGAACUUCUUCUGAAGCUGGGGAGGCUGGCGUUUCAACAACUGGAGAAAGGAAACAUCAUGUUCUACCAAGAAGACCUGGAGCAGUGUGGUCUUGAUGUCACAGAGGCCUCUGUGUUAUCAGGAGUUUGUACAGAGAUCUUCAAAAGAGAGAGUGUGCUCUUCAAGAAAACAGUCUACAGCUUUGUUCACCUGAGCGUUCAGGAGUUUCUGGCUGCAGUCUACGUGUACCAUUGUUACACCAACAGGAAGACAGAGGUACUGAAGGAGUUCCUGGGUGAAGACGACAGGAAGUCAUCUCUGGAUGACUUCCUGGAUGGAGCCAUGGAGAAAUCUCUUAAAAGUAACAAUGGUCACCUGGACCUGUUUGUUCGGUUCCUUCAUGGCCUCUCUCUGGAGUCCAACCAGAGUCUCUUAGGAGGCCUGCUGAGUCAGACAGACAACAGUCCAGAAACCAUCCAGAGAGUCAUCAACAACCUGAAGGAGAUGAACAUGUCCGAUAUCUCUCCUGACAGAAGCAUCAACAUCUUCCACUGUCUGACGGAGAUGAACGACCGCUCAGUACAUCAGGAGAUCCAAGAGUUCCUGAAGUCAGAAAACAGAUCAGAGAAGGAACUCUCUGUGAUCCACUGCUCAGCUCUGGCUUACAUGCUGCAGAUGUCAGAGGAGGUUCUGGAUAAGUUGGACUUGGGGAACUACAACACAUCAGAGCAGGGAAAACACAGACUGAUCCCUGCUGUGAGGAACUGCAGAAAGGCUCGACUUGUUCGGUGUGGACUCUCAGAGACACACUGUGAAGUUGUGGCUUCAGCUCUGAAGAACAACCCCUCCCAUCUCAGAGAGCUGGACCUGAGUAGAAACAACCUGCAAGAUUCAGGAGUGAAGCAUUUGUCUGCUGGACUGGAGAGUCCAAACUGUAAACUGGAGACUCUGAGAUUGGAGAACUGCAGUUUGUCAGAGAACAACUGUGCUUCUCUGGUCUCAGCCCUGAAGGUCAACCCCUCCCAUCUGACAGAGCUGGAUCUGAGCUGGAACAAGCUGCAGAAUUCAGGAUUGAAGCUGCUGUGUGAUUUGCUGGAGUGUCCAGAGUGCAAACUGGAGACUCUGAGAUUAUAUUGCUGCAGUUUGUCAGAGAUCAGCUUUGCUUCUGUAGUCUCAGCUCUGAAGUGCAACCCCUCCCAUCUCAGAGAGCUGAAUCUGAGUGGAAACAACCUGCAGGAUUCAGGAUUGAAGCUACUGUGUGGUUUUCUGGAGAGUCCAGAGUGCAGACUGGAGACUCUGAGACUGAAUAACUGCAGUUUGUCAGAGAUGAGCUGUGCUUCUCUGGCCUCAACUCUGAAGCACAACCCCUCCCAUCUGAGAGAGCUAAACCUGAGUAAAAACAACCUGCAGGAUUCAGGAGUGAAGCUUCUGUCUGCUGGACUGGAGAGUCCAGACUGUCGACUGGAGACUCUGAAAAUGGGGAGCUGCAGUUUGUCAGAGAUGAGCUGUGCUUCUCUGGUCUCAGCUCUGAAGCACAACCCCUCCCAUCUGAGAAAGCUGGAUCUGUGUGUAAACAACCUGCAGGAUUCAGGAGUGAAGCAUCUGUGUGAUUUUCUGGAGAGUCCACACAGUAGACUGGAGACUCUGAGAUUGUUUGGCUGCAGUUUGACAGAGAUCAGCUGUGCUUCUCUGGUCUCAGCUCUGAAGGGCAACCCCUCCCAUCUGAGAGAGCUGGAUCUGGGUGACAACGACCUGCAGGAUACAGACGUGAAGCAGCUGUGUGAUCUUAAGGAGAGUCCAGACUGCAGACUGGAGACUCUGAGCUGGUCAUGAUCUCUGUGAGAGUGAGAGUGAACAUCCAGGAGUGUUGAGAGAGGAUCAGCUGGAUCCUGAUGAUCCAUCUGGA